AAUUAGAUAUUAGAUGCACACGCACGAAGGCAACCUCAACACCACAGGAGGAAUUACUAGCAGAGGGAACGUCUUCAAACUUGAGAAGUAAAGGAAGAUUAAGAAAGGUUGUUGAGCAGCUGAGAUUUUCUGAAACAAAGUGCAAGUAAAUAUUUUUAAGAAGCAGUGAACAAACAGUAGCUGUGUGUGGAAUAUGAAUGCUACACUCAGAAGGUUGUUUGCAUCACUGAUGCUUCUUUUUGGACUAAGACUUCAGGAGCUGGUUGAUGCAUGCAGCUGUGCCCCUAUACACCCACAGGAAGCAUUCUGCCAUGCAGAUAUAGUGAUUCGAGCAAAAGUGACAGGAAAGAAACUUGUUUCUCCCUCAGACAAUGAGAGAGACCCCUUCAGAGUAAUCCAGUAUGAAAUAAAGCAAAUAAAGAUGUUUAAAGGAUUUGAGAAGAUUAAAGAUGUCCAGUAUGUGUACACCCCUCUUUAUUCAUCCCUCUGUGGUGUAAACCUGGAAGUGAAUUCAAAGAAGCAGUAUCUAUUGACAGGUCAGAUUUCAAAUGGAAAGGUUAACAUCCAUCUCUGCAACUUCAUUAUUCCAUGGGAAGGACUUUCAUUAUAUCAGAAGAAGAACCUCAACCACAGAUAUCACAUGGGUUGCGAAUGCAACAUUACAACCUGUUACUCUCUGCCUUGCUCCAUCUCUGAAGCAAAUGAAUGCCUCUGGACAGAUCAUCAGAUCGAGAAGAACUUGUACGGAUAUCAGGCAAAACAGUUUGCAUGCCUUAAAAGGAAGGAUGGCUCCUGUAGCUGGUACAGAGGUGGACCACCACCAGGGAAGGAAUUUAUUGACAUCGCUGAACCUUGAACUCUACUACUGAUUCCACAAACCUCACAUGCAAAAGAUAUUGCACGAUACUGACUUCUUCUGCUUGGCGACCACUUACAUUAAACGAUCCACCAUCAUUAAAUCUUUCUUUAAGCAUUUCCAGAAGCAUUCAUUCAAAACAAAGCACAUGAAAAUGAUAAUUCAUGAUAUCUUGUGUAUAUAACUGGGGCAUCAUAUUCUGUACUUUCCCUGUAUUUGAUUAAAUAGUAAAAUUAAUGCAUUGACUUAUGCAUUGAAAACUUGUACAGAAAAGUCAUGGAUGGUGAUGAUUACAGUGCAAACUGUUAUAUAUAAUAACUAAAACUGGUCAGCUCCAUGUAGUAAGAGUAAGUUUGUUUGGUUUAUUUCAGGCAUGAAAUAUUCUCUUGUUGUACAAUAGAUGUUUUUAGUAUUUUUACAAAUGUAAAAUACUGUAUUAUGUCAUUCUUAAAAAUAAUACAUUGAUUUACACUUUAAGUAUUCAGUAAAUGCAGCUAUCAAACCCUGGAAUAAUUACCAAAUAAAUACAAAUAUACAACUAACCAAUAUACUCGAAUUUCUCAGUAACAAUUAAGCUUUAUCACAGAGAAGAAACCUAGCCAGCACUCAAACUAUUCAACUUGGACUUACUCUAUUAUUACACCAGUGAUAAGCUUGUACUAUUUUCAUGUAAGUAUUUAAAAACAAGAAAUAAUCCUACAUUCAGUGCAUUGCUAUCCACUGACUAAUAAAUAACAGUGCCCACUCCAUAAAACACUACAACAAAUGCUCUUUAAAAGUUAUAAAAAACAUAGCUUAAAAAAACCUGACUAUAUGUAGUAGCAAAGACACUUAACUGUUACAGUACAAUUUUACUGGUCACUAAUCAUGCUACACCAUAUACACAUAGUUAACUUGAUUCUUGCCUUAUAAAGUUGAAGCAGUCCUAAAACCACACUAUUAUCUCAUAACAUCAGCCUACGUAAUGCAAAAUAAACAUUUCAAGUAAGCCAUUUGUACAACAGCAAUAAGUCAUUUUGUUCCAUGAGUAAUGCUGUUUUAAAAUUGACUACAGAUAUUUACUGCCUUUGACUUCACCCUUAUAGGGAUCCAGCGUGGACUAUAUAUAUAUAUAUAUAUAUAUAUAUAUAUAUCUAUAUAUAUAUAUAUAUAUAUAUAUAUAUAUAUAUAUAUAUAUAUAUAUAUAUAAAUGCGCUGUUACUUAUAAUCUGUUAAGGUUUACUGCAUUACAGUUCCAUUCUUUACACUUUGAUUUUACUAUAUGUAGGUAAGGGGCUAAUUGUAAUAGUUGUUUUCUGCACUUAAUGAGGCAAUGACAAAAGUAGUCAGAUUUCAUUCAUUAAUGACCUUGCCUGACCUAAGGACAGUGAAUCAGUUUCUUUGAGAGGUAUUUGAAAGUACAGGCAGGCAUAUAUAACAUAUUAUAGUCCAUACAGAGAUAACAUAAAAAUCAUUUUCUGUUCUGUGUUUUUCUUCUGUUUUGCAGUUUUGUUUCUUAAUUGUAUUACAGUGCGAGGGUAUAAUCUGAAUUACAAUGAAUUGAUUCCAUCUUCAUUCUGACUAGUUGUAGGAUGUGAUUUUUUUUUAAACAGUACAACCUAUUCAAAAGAAGUUUCGCUAAGGUGUGUGAUAUGUGAUACAGUACUGUACUGUAUACUAAAUUUCUACUGAACUACAUACAUUUCUGUUAUUUAGCUAAACUUAUUUUUAAGGAUAUGUUUUAUUUUUAAUGUCUGUUCUCUUGCUUUGGGCCUCUGCGGAAACCAUCAAGGUUAGUUUUAAUUAAAUUCUGUCUGUGUAUGUACAUUGUAUAGUUAAUUUAUGAGAGACAUUAUCUGUGAAUUUUUAAGUAUGCAGAAUUUGGUUCUAAUGUAUUCUCUUUUAAUUUCUUUACUAUUUCCCUGUACUUUCCACUAAUGUUCUUUAAGACUGUAUGGUUUCUCCUCCAUUGCUCAUGAAGUGUAUGAAGAUAUCUUUGAUAUCAUGAUGUAUAAAACAAAGUUAAAUUGUUUCACAGCAAAUGAUGGAAUGCAUAAGCAAAGUCACAAUAUUAGUUCUGGAUGCCAUGUCCUUACUUAUAAGGUGUGCCACACAGAAGGGUUCACUCUUGGCAAUUUUAAAAUGAGAAGUAAAAAGAGUUUGCAAACAUUAGGCUGUAGCACUAGUGUCUCAUUGUUUUUGGCAGGAAUUAACAAAAAAUUAGUAACAACAAAUAUUCCUGAGAUGCUGGAAACCUAGAAGUAAAAUGUUUAAAAAAAUGUGUCCUUGUUUGCAUCUGAUACAAAGGUGAGCUAAGCUUUCAGAAGCAUCAUUCAACAUAAAAAGUUUUUUUGAAGUAGAAGACUUUUUUUUGCUCCUCAACUUAGUGUUUUGGGACAAGGAGGGUCUGAUGUUUAUUAGAAGAAAGGUGCGGAACGCUAGAUCACUUUUUUUUUUUGCUCAGUCGCACUGGGUGCUAAAUGAGACAGCUAUGCCUCUAUCUAGUGCAGACACAUAAGCAUCAUUUUUAUUAUCUUCUUAGGAAGAUGAUUAUGUUGCUUUAAGAAUGAUACUUUCGAAUGUUCCACAAGUAAUAGGAAGCUAUUUGACAAGAUCAAAAGUUUGUAAAGCAUUGUUUAUGUAUUAAACAAUAUAUAAGUUAAAACAACCUAUAUAUUAAGAUUUCAGCUAAGCAUAUUCUUCCUCAUACAUCAAAUAUAUUUCCUUAAGAUGAAAACUGCUAAAACGAACAUUAGAAAAUGUAAAACAUAAGGAGUCACACCUUCAGUAAGCUAUCCUUUAAUGUACGACCACUUCAGUAAACUAGGCAUUCACAGUCUAACUGGUGCAUAACGGAUAGCUGAUGCA